CCGUCCGUCCGUCCGUCCGUGCGAGCGGGGCGCUCCGGGCCGGUGCGGCAGCGAUGGCGGCCGGCGGGUACGGGCGCUACCGGGCUGCGAUCUUCGCGGCCAUGUUCGUGGGCUACACGCUCUAUUACUUCAACCGCAAAACCUUCUCGUUCGUCAUGCCCGCCGUCAUGGCCGAGGUGCCGCUGGGGAAGGACGACCUGGGUCUCAUCACCAGCAGCCAGUCGGCAGCCUACGCCAUCAGCAAGUUCAUCAGCGGCGUCCUCUCGGACCAGAUGAGCGCCCGCUGGCUCUUCUCCUCCGGCCUCCUCAUGGUGGGCUUGGUCAACGUGGUCUUUUCCUGGAGCUCCACCGUCAUGGCCUUCGCCGGGCUCUGGUUCCUCAACGGCCUGGCCCAGGGGCUGGGCUGGCCGCCCUGCGGCAAGAUCCUGCGCAAGUGGUUUGAGCCUUCCCAGUUUGGGACUUGGUGGGCAAUCCUGUCUACAAGCAUGAACUUGGCUGGAGGCUUGGGCCCCAUUCUCGCUGCUCUUGUGUCUAUGAACUACGAUUGGCGCAAGACUUUGUCCUUCUCUGGCUUCACCUGCAUGGUUGUCUCUUUUGUUUGCCUUGUCCUGAUUAAAAACGAGCCGGCAGAUGUUGGGCUGCCCAACAUUGAGCAAGGAGCCAAGAAGGGGAAGAAAGGUUCCUCCAGUGACAACAGCACCUUGACAGAGCUGCUGCUCUCCCCAUACCUCUGGGUGCUCUCAACAGGCUACCUGGUCGUUUUUGGAGUGAAAACGUGCUGUACUGAUUGGGGACAGCUCUUCCUGAUCCAGGAGAGGGGACAGUCCAUGCUUGUAGGCAGUUCCUACAUGAGUGCCUUGGAGAUUGGGGGCCUGGUGGGAAGCAUUGCUGCUGGAUACCUCUCCGAUAGAGCAGUAGCAAAAGUGGGGCUGUCCAGCUACGGGAACCCCCGGCACGGGCUGCUGCUGUCCAUGAUGGCUGGCAUGUGCGUGUCCAUGUUCCUCUUCCGCAUCACGGUCACGGGCGACUCUCCCAAGGAAAACCACUUCUGGACUGUAGCCUUGCAACCUCUAGCUGAUCUUACAGGCCUAAAAGAACAUGAGCUGUGGAUUCUGACUCUGGGAGCUGUGUUUGGGUUCUCCUCGUAUGGCCCGAUUGCCCUGUUUGGGGUCAUAGCAAAUGAAAGUGCCCCUGCCAACCUGUGUGGCACCUCCCAUGCCAUUGUGGCCCUCAUGGCCAAUGUUGGGGGUUUCCUGGCUGGACUGCCUUUCAGUACAAUUGCCAAGCACUACAGCUGGGCCACAGCGUUCUGGGUAGCUGAGGUCACCUGCAUGGCUAGCACAGUGGCUUUCUUCCUCCUGCGAAACAUCCGCACCAAGAUGGGCCGGAUUUCCAGGAAGGCUGACUGAGGAGGAGCUGCUCGGUGGAAGGAUGUUCCCACGCUGACGUGAAUGAUGCUCGUUUUUGUUUGACUGGCCUAGGAGCGAGUUUACCUAUUGCUGCAACCUAGAUAAAAAUGUCUCAACUUCUCAUCCAGUGUCAGGUGCCAGAGGGCACAAGGUUCCUGCUACUGAUCACUUUUUCCCUCAAGAUGUGAUAAUUCACCUAGUUUACAUUUGCAAUGAUUUUACUGUACCUCUUCCUCACAGCACUGUUAGUGAAGCAAGCGGGCUCUGCAGCCCAAGCUUCCCCACUAGAAGUGGUCUGAAAUGACUGGCUUCAGGUGCACUUACCUCUAGUUUUGUCGUUAUUGUCUCAGCCAUUAACGGAGACACCAAUCAGUUCAGCCUCGCUGCUCAGGCCCUGAACCCAGCCGUGCUGCCUGUGUCCGUCCCGUGCAGCUGCCCCGGGCUGUGCCAGGCCACCUGAGCACGAGCCCUGUGUGUGCUCAGCCGCGUGGCAGCCGGGCACGGCGAGGGCUGCAGCCCCACCAGGGGUUGGUUCCAGGAGUGAGCAGCAGGACAAGCCGGGGCAGGGCUCUUCACAGCAGUUAGGAACAGGCGCGUUUCCAGGGAAUUCGUGGUGUCUGGAGCAGCUCCUUCUAAGUGAACUGAUCCUGCUGGUGCAUUCUGUGUGCAGUGUUAAUGAUUGGCAAGGCAGGCAGCUGCUGCCAAGGCAGCUCACAGCCAGUGCUCUGCAAAUCAGCCAGCAGAACUAUCCCAGCAGCAGGAAUUGCAACAGCAGCCACCACCAACCCACAAUUUCGGCAGCUGGGUUUCUUGAUAACCCACAUUUCUAGCAUUGACUUGUAUUUUUCCAGUACAAGGUGUGAAGACUGGGAUAGUUUUGGUCAAGAGCUGUGUCUCUCAUGGCUGCAGGCAGGGGCUCUGAGUCAGCCUUAGCAGAGCCAUCACUGACAGCCUUAGCAGUCAGGCCCAGCACCCUGCAGUAAGUACACUCAGGUAUUUAAUCAGGAAUUUGUUGAAUAUUCUUGUUUUUCCCCAAAAGGAUUUACUGUCUUAGGAUCCUGAAAGAGGCACGUUCAACUCGUAAAGAACCUGCAUGCAGGUACUUUGCUGAGUACCUUGCUUGCAAGAGUAGUUAGCUAGCCUUAAUUAAGUAAAUGGAAGUGAAUUACAUUUUGUACUUAAUUACAUGAUUUUCUUCUAUAUCUGAAAUAAAAAUGGAGCAGUGUCACAA